GCCCUGUCCCAGCCUCAGGGGCUGCCGCGCUCUCUCCGCAGCGUGCCGACCUUCACGGUGGUCCCCGAGGCGCCGCGCUCCCCCUCCCCGCUGAUGGUGGUGGAUGAGGAGGACGAGCCCACGGAGGGGGUGCCCAUCGAGCAGUACCGGGCCUGGCUGGAUGAGGACAGCAACCUGGACCCCUCACCCCUGCCAGACCUGGACUCAGAGAGUUGCUUCCCUGCCCGUGAGGAGGAGGAGGAGGAAGAAGAGCGCUGGCUCGAUGCCCUGGAGAAGGGUGAGCUGGACGACAACGGUGAGCUCAAGAAGGAGGUGGAUGAGUCCCUGCUGACGGCAAGACAGAAAGCCCUCCUGCACAAGCAGCAGAGCCAGCCGCUGCUGGAGCUGCCCAUGGGCUACAAGACGAAGGAGAUGACGGAGGAGAUGCUGGUGAAGCGGGAGGAGCGGGCCCGCAAGCGGCGCCUGCAGGCGGCCAAGAAGGCGGAGGAGAACAAGAACCAGACCAUCGAGCGCCUCACCAAGACCAACAAGGCCAAGGUGAAGACGCUGCGGGAGCGCAGGGCCAAGCAGGCGCCCUGCCCCGUCGUGCACUACUGCAACGCCGCCGACCGCAUCACCGUCUCCUUCCCGGCCGGCAUGGCGCUGCCGCUGCUGCCCGCGCCCGCCCCCGCCCCGCCGCCGCCCGCCCUGUGCGGGGUGAGCGGCUGCUCCAACCACAAGCGCUACUCCUGCUCCCGCACCGGGCUGCCGCUCUGCAGCCUGGCCUGCUACAAGAAGAACCUGCGGCUGCAGGAGGCCGCGGCCUAGCGCCGGGACC